ACAGAAACUGAUUUUCCAAUAGAUAGCCUACGAGGUCUUAGCCUGCUGGUUUUCAGUUAUACCUGAUAAUUAAAUGGAAUGGAAUAAAUGGAACACGACGUUGGCAAGCUAAGAUCAUGCGCAUAAACAGUCAUCCGCUCUAACGGUCGUUUCGCGCUGAACUGCGCAUAUGCAGACUGUCAAAUCAAGGCUCUCCUUCAAUAUAAAGUUGUUUUUGACGAAAGCUUGUCAGUUUGAAAAUAACUUAUCUAAAUUACUUCACAAACCCCAAACACCGACCUGGUCUGCUUGGUCCCGGAAGUAUCGCGAUGUUGCGCCUCUGGGUUUAGAAACUCUGUGGUUUUACUGCCACUCCGAUACCUCUCCUUUGCUCUCUCUCAAUAUUCCCAUCCCCCCACUUUAUGUGGAUGUCGACGUUACCAAAACGCUACUUAGAGAACCCACCGAAGUAAACCUUGGAGAAAACUGCCAGCACUGAUCAAGGGAAAAGAGUGACAACACCGAACUCGGCAUAUAAUUAAAGGCAAGGUGCUCCACGAUAACAAAUUCCCUUUGACAUUUGAUUUGCAUUGCCAUUUCCUCCUCCGUUCCUACACUAGCAUUGCCCCGAGAAUGGCCGGCGGGCACCCCACCGACCAAUUCAGUUUCUUGUACCAACCAGAAAGUGCUCAGAACCUGAAGAGUAAGGGUAGACUAUCUUCCAACAUGAAUCCUGUGUACAGUCCUGUCCAGCCCGGGACACCGUACGGCAACCCUAAGAACAUAGCAUACGCAGGCUAUCCUGCAGGUUAUCCUCAGGCUCCUACCUACACACCCAACCUCUACCAGACUGGCAGCCCAGGCUAUCCCCAAGUGCUGCUGGUGAAGCAGGGCUGGCCCCAGGCCUCCGGUGCUGCAGGGGCCCUAGAGGGCUCCUAUGACCUGACCAUGGACGCGGGCUCAGAGGGCCGCCAGUACCAGGCCUCAGCCGCAGCUUUCAGAUACACUGCUGGGACACCCUACAAGGUGCCCCCUGGCCAGUCCAAUGGGGCGCCCCCUCCGUACUCCCCAUCCCCUAACCCCUACCAGACGGCCAUGUACCCAAUCAGAAGUGCCUACCCCCAACAGAACCUCUACGCUCAGGGUGCGUACUACACACAGCCGAUGUAUGCGGCUCAGCCUCACGUUAUCCACCACACAACAGUGGUGCAGCCCAACAGCAUCCCCUCCACCCUCUACCCUGCCCCCGUCCAACAACCCCGCUCCAACGGCCAUAUGGCCAUGGGCAUGGUAGCCGGCACAACCAUGGCCAUGUCUGCUGGUACUCUGCUGACCACGCCUCAGCAUGCCACUCAGCACAUCGGUGGGCAUCCGGUCACCCUGCCAACGUACCGGCCCCAGGGGACACCUGGGUAUAGCUAUGUGCCUCCUCACUGGUAGACCCCACUGGACCCCAUUCAUAUCGGGAGUCAAUAUCACUCACAAUAACUCAAGUCUUACAUUGGUGCAGGAGGCCUGGCAUACAAGCACCAAGUCUGUCUGCAAGAACAAAAAACUAAAGUGCAAGGAUCACUUUAUGCAUUCUUUUGUGAUUUGGAAAAGCUGCUUUUUCAUGUUUUUAUUAUUUUUGACCAGCCUCAGUUUUUUGGGGAUUAGUUUCUUUGAUUUUGACUCUCUCUUAUAAUCCAGACACACACUGACCAACAGUAUGGUACAUUUAUAGUACAUUUGUGCUUAUUUUUAUGUUUGUGUGUGUGUAUUUUUGUGUUCUGAACACUGGUUCUGACGCAAAGCCAGUCCCUUCGCCGUGAGAAUGUACACGUAUUUGUAUGCUGCCAAAUUCUAAUGUUGGAGAAAAAAAAUCAUACUUUUUCAGGCGAGUACCGUUCAUUUAUUUUCCAGUCAUUCUUGGGGGGGGGGUGGGGAGCACCGUACAAGUGUCACGCCUCAAUUUCCUUUCACCCUUUUUGAUUUGCCUUCCCAUAUGUGUUUACGUUCACACACAAUCAUCUUCCAGCACAAGAUAAUAAGGGUCGUCUUGCAGCUUGUAGCAACAGUGCAUUAACUUGGCUUCUUUAAUAUUUUACCCACUAUAUCAGUCAAGUUGGGUGCACAUUUUUGUUUUUUUUGCCCUAGCACUACGCAGCUGAUUCAAAUAACCAACUCAUCAUCAAGCUUUGAUUAUUUGAAUCAGCUGUGUAGUAAUAGGGCAAAAAAUUAAAUGUGCACCCAGAGGGGACCCCGGAACCGACUUUGGGAAACCCUGCACAAGGAGAAAGACUAAUACCGUAAGUACCAUAAUAGUUACACACCAUGUAGAGGAUAUUUUCAGUAAGUUCAGUGGACAUAGUUAGCUUGUAAGUCUACUAGAGUAGAGCAAGAAAUUGAAAUAUCUAUACAUGACUAUAUUAUAUAUAGGUAUACUGAUGUGACAGCGAGCGCCUGUGCGCGUUUGUAGUUAUUUUGUACACAUAAAAGCUUGCCGAACAUGCAAACGCACUCGCAUUUAGGUAUUUCAGUUGGCAUGCGUAAGGUGCGCACUGACACACUUGCUCACAGAUAUACAUUACAGAUAUAUAGGACAUCGCACACAUUUUAAAAGUGUAGAUGGUAUAGGAUGCGAUGGAUAGAUGACUGGAUAGGGUCUCCCUCGUACCUUGCAGGCUAUGUUGUGAACUGAAUCCAGUUCUAGUGUCGUAUCAACGAAGGUGCAUGGAGUUUGAGGGGUGAGGCAAAUUGUCAGUAGGACCAGGGAUAGCUAAGUCAAAGGAUUCAAAAGGGAUUUUAAAGUCAAUAGCUGGCCGACACACUUAAGAACAGCAUACUUGAAAGAGGGAGAAAGGAGUACAAGGGGGAAAAGGAAGAAAAUAAUCUAAAUUGUUUCAUGGUCAAGUAUCAAUACCCAUAGCCCUGUGCUGCAUGCCUCCCAUCAAUCUCACAGGCUAGAGAUCAGUGUUAUUCGCAAUAAAGAUCCCAUGUGCUGUCAUGUUUACAUGUUUAAUAGAGAUUUAGCCCCUGAUCAGUGUCAUCAGUUCCUCAGGUGACCAGGAGAGGGCAGAAGUGAGGGGUGCAGGGCCCCCUAUUCCUUACCAAUAUAGGGCUCUGGUCAAGAGUAGUGCACUAUAUAGGGAAUAGGUUUUUAGAAACCUGACUGACCUCAGCACAGAUGUGUCCCAAGAGAAUUGUCAUCUGGUCUCUAUGUGUAUGUUUCUGAGUAGUCCAUGCAAUUGAAACUAGUUCACCAGUCUGGUGAAUGCUUUUAAACAAUGACAGGUGGAAAAAAACUUUAUUUUAGACCUAGGUCUCAUACAAUUAGUGAAAGGAAACAUUUUGUUUGCAUGUUGGUUAACCUGCUACCUUGCCUAGGCCCUCCCUCCUCUGCCCUCCCUCCCUUCAGAGUAGCUAAUAGUACAGGCCCAGGACAUAAUUGUUUCCAGGGCAGACACCAUGGAAGGAAGUUAGGAUCGUGAAGGGAAUCAUGCGUAUGAGGGAAAAAUUUGUGUUGAAACGGGAAAUUGGGGGGGGGGGGGACAUUGAAUGGUUUCAUGUCCCUUUAGUCUGUAGGGCAAAAACCCUAUGACUGGGGCACUGGGUUGGGAGAGGUCCGUGUGGGACAUGUGUUGACUUCCAAAUCGAACCCUAGCCCCCAGGGUUGGGCUCAAUUCCAACUUUUAUUAAAAUUCCAAUUAAAUUAUUGAAUUCACUAUGAAAUAAAGAAUUUGUUGAAUUCAAUUUUAAUUUAAAAAAAUUGGGAAUUUUAUGGAAUUGUAAUUCAAUAUUUGUCAGUUGAUGGAACUAAUGCACUUAGUAUAAAGGAUUUAAAGGACUGCAGGAUUUGUGUAGAAUCAUUUCAACUUGUAAUUUUUGGGGAUAAUAUUGAAUUAUGAAUUUAAUUUUUGGAAUUGACCUAACAUUGGAAUUGAGAGGAAUUGAAUUAUCUCUGGAUUCAAUGACUGAUCUGGCAUUUGAAUUGUAUUUAUGGGAAUUUACAGGGAGAGGGAAUUGAAUUAGUGGAAGUAACCCCAACACUGCUAGCCUCAACUCCCUCCCUAGUCCCUACAACUGCAGACCUGAGAAGAUUGGGAUAGGUGAACGCAAUAUGGCUGACCUUUCUACCUAGCCAAUCAGAAGGCAAGAUGAAGCUUUUACUGUAACACAUAUGGUAUAUUGACACAGUCCGCCUAGAUCCACAGGAGUGGCUAGCGAUCCAUUUGGAAUUUAUAAAUGGAGUUGGCAAGGAAACAGGGUUCAGCUUGGGUUGAGUUCAGCUUGGGUUGUGAGGAGGAGUUCCAUCCUCUGCUAUUAUGGUUCAGCACUAGCUUACUGUGUCAUGACCACAUAUCAGUUAUCAUGUGAGUGUGUAAAAAAUGUAUUGCACAAACAUCUAAAAGUAAUAAUCUAUGCUAAAUAACAGGUACUUAGCUCAUCUUACGAUUUCUUAAGAGUUAAUUUAGUUCAGUGCAUUUUGAUAGUGUACUCUUUGGUCUCAAUAAACAACUGUACAUUUAAGAUAUCUGUUAUGAAUUAUUGCUACUGCUUCUUUCAAUCUGUUACAAUUAGUUAACCACUACGUACAAUUCAAAAUGCUAUUUUAUUUGAUGUCACGUUACCUUGCCAGUAAAAAAAAAACAAAGGUAUCCUGGACCCAAAAUAUUACAAUUUAUAGAGUAUCAUUCACUAGUGAAUGGGGUAUAGAUGUGUGUGUUGACUGUGUGAGGAAAGUUAUCAGUGGGCAGUGUGGUAUCAGCCCCUCACCUCCCGUGUAGUGUGUCUGUGCGUGUGAAGCAUGUAUGCAGUCCUGUGUAAAAUUGCACUGGUCAGGCUGUAGAGCUAACGUUGCCCUCCACUUUCCCCUGUCAGUAGCAUAUCACAAAGCCAAAUAGAACAAGAACCUUGAAAACAAGUCUCAAAUGUACAUUUAUUUUGCUACAUUUUGGGGGGGCAUUAGAGCAAAGAAACACAAACAACCAGACAGCUUUUUUUUUGAGACCAUUGACAAAUAUUGUUUUGUAGUGCUAUUCACUAGAACAUGUAAUGUGAUGCAAGAACUGAACAAGGCAUAUGACUAGUUGCACAGGCCCAAAUGUAUGUGAAUGCUAUGCUGAGUGCUAAAUAUCUGGAGGUUCAAAACCUCCAAAAUAACCAUGUGUACUACGAGUAUAACCUCUGUGUUAAAAAAAAAGGAUUAAAAGAAUGAUACACUUUUAAUUUCUGGUAUGUAAUUUAAGAGCUUUUUACCAUAAGUGUUAUUUAAGAUUUUGUUGAUUGAUUGAUGUUUAUUAUUCUUAAAAUAGAAGUUCAUUAUGGUUGAGCUGAUGUGGGUUGUCUCUUAGGGCUUCAGGGGGCAUUUCAGAACACAAGUCUGUAGGAUGAGUGGAGCAGAUGUGGGGAGGGGCACACUCUGGCAACCUGGUCAGAAACUACUGGCAUACAGUCCCCACUCGCUGGCCUUUCCCCUCAAACACCCAGGGCAUUGAAACACGAGAAAUGUUCCCAGAACCUAACUGACACCAUAAACAGAUGUUCCCUGAACAUCUAGGGAACCGAAUGUGCUAACUGGGAAUACUUUGGAUUAAAAUCUAGCCUGGAGUCAAGUCCUUACACUACAAUUAAUGUUUAUUGAAAAAUGCUAAAGGGUAUGGGUCCAGAGAUUGUGGAUUGAGACAUGAGAUUUGUAAACGGGGAUCAAAACUCCUUUUGCCACAGUAUGUUUCACCACUGUUCACUUCAUGUUAUGUGUAACAUCCCUGCAACGUAGCAAACUCAGUCUGCAAUGUUAAGAGCUGGGAGCUGCCCUGGGUGUCUCGUUGCCUGGAGGUCGAGAAGCAAGCAGCUCCACCAAUGUUGAACAUGAAAGCGUAACAAUCCCUAUGCCUUUUCUGUUUCCUUUGGUCACGAUGAACUUCGGCCUUGUCAAACUUUUGAUUUGAACACUAAUUUCGAGAGAGGGAAUUAUACUCGUCUUCACAAAAAAAGUAUCUAUUUUUAAGACCGACUAUAAGAGUCAGCACCUUGAGAUUAAAACUACUUCCCAACUAAUGGCCCCCAGAGUCUUUGCUAUGUUCUGUCACUACGUUGCAGCAAUGCUGGCAGAACGUUUUAUAACAUUGAUUGGGAUGUUCUUGAAGCAAAGACCCACAUCAGACUUGUGUAUAUGAAGUGUAAAUCUGUUUUUGUUUUUGUUCUAAUGAGGAUCGGAUAGUGGUCCUGGUGACAAGGCAAGUUUGUAAUUGUAUAAUACUUACUGUACGAUGUAGAACAUUCAAUAACUAUUAAAAUAUUUCCCAAAAAGCCCAGCAUUUA